AUGGUCGGUUCACUAGCUCUCGUUUUUCUCGGUUUACAGGUGCUCUCUAUCGUCGUAAACGCGGCCAGCAAGUCUACCGAAACAUCUACUCUUCAUCGUAACAUGGAUCCCCGCUCCCCACAAGGCACAACCAAACCAUCUGGAAGUAAUCAGAAAAGGCCUCCUUCGCCUGAUCCGCGACCCAGCACGACUGAGGGUGGGACUCCAAUAAAUCCACCCAGUAACGGGAAACCGGUCCCAUUUGGUUUCGGUUCUAAAGUUACCGGUGGUGGAAAUGCCGCGCCACAAACCCCAAGGGAUACAGCGGAGCUACAAGCCUGGCUCACCGAUAAGGUUCCCCGCGUGAUUUUAAUUCGUAAAACUUACGACUUCACCCUUCCCUCUCGAAACAUAACCGCCCCCGCUUACACCAUUGAUAACCAUUGUUCCACCCAGGUUUCACUCCAAGCUUCUGGCUUGGAGCCUAUAAAAGUGGCAAGCCACAAGACUUUAUUGGGUGUCGGCGCAACAGCAAUUAUCAAAGGAAAAGGGCUGGCCCUGAAUAAGGUCCAAAAUGUUAUAAUACAGAAUGUUCACAUUACUUGGCUCAAUCCAUCGGUAGUCUGGGGAGGUGAUGCGUUAUCAUUCAAUGGCGCAAGUAAUAUAUGGAUUGACCAUUGCUCCUUCAGCAACAUAGGUCGUCAAAUGAUUGUCAGUGGCGGAAAAUCAAGUGCUACCGAGGCCAAUACGGGUAUCACAAUAUCCAAUAAUCUCUUUUCGGGCAAAACUAAAUGGUCUUCAAAGUGUAACGACCGACAUUACUGGAAUGCACUAUUCUCAGGACCAAAUGAUCAAAUCACAAUGGCUCGCAAGAAGAAGUCCACGAACCGGAGGUUCAGGGAAUCCAAAGGUCCUACUGCAUUACUAUAA